CCCGGGAAAGGGGCGAUGGAACAGAGGCCACUAAGGAGGUCGGGGGGCGGCGCGCGACCGGCGUCCCGGCACCCGGCGAAGUCCCGUCCGCCCGCCGCCUCUCGGCAGUCAGCGGAGCCGAAGGGCGCUCAGCUCUGGCUCUUCCCCAGCGCCCCUGGCCUCAACAGUGCGCUGUCCCGGAGGUCGGGGGAGACGCGCCAGAUGUGCUGUACGCGCGGUCGCCUGGCGGUGCUGGAGCGCGGCGGGGCGGUCGUCCAGGUGCACCAGCUGCCGGUGGGGAGCGACCGCGCCAAGAAGCCAAAGUACAUUAAGUUAGGGAAAAAAAUGAAGAUACAUUCUGUGGACCAAGGAGCAGAGCACAUGCUGAUUCUAUCCUCAGAUGGAAAACCAUUUGAGUACAACAUAGAAUUUGAAAGGCUUCAAUGCAUUUUACAAGAAAAAUAUAUAAUUCAGAUCACAUGUGGAGAUUAUCAUUCUCUUGCACUCUCAAAAGGUGGUGAGCUUUUUGCAUGGGGACAGAACUUACAUGGCCAGCUUGGACUUGGAAAAGUAUUUGACUCAACCCCCACACCACAGAUUGUGGAGCACCUCUCUGGAGUCCCCUUGGCUCAGAUUUCUGCAGGAAAAGCCCACUGCAUGGCUUUAUCCAUGUCCGGAAACGUUUACUCAUGGGGAAGAAAUAAUUUUGGACAACUAGGCCUGGGCCACACCAACGAUGAAGAUUUUCCUUCCCUUAUUGAAGCACUGAACAAUCAGAAAGUUGAAUUUCUUGCUUGUGGUGGCUCUCACACCGCCGUGCUCACAAAGGAUGGGCUCCUGUUUACUUUUGGUGCUGGAAAAUAUGGGCAGCUCGGUCAUAAUUCAACACAGAAUGAGUUAAAACCCUGUUUGGUGACUGAGCUUGUUGGGAAUAGAGUGACCCAGAUAGCAUGUGGAAGGCGGCACACACUUGCCUAUGUUGCUGACUUGGGAAAGGUCUUUUCAUUUGGUUCUGGAAAAGAAGGACAGCUGGGAAAUGGUGGAACACAUAAUCAGCUGAUACCAGUUCCUAUGAAAUUGCCAUCAAAUGAAGAUCUCAGAUUUGAAAGCCAUACCUCAGAAAAGGAGUUAAUACUAAUUGCUGGAGGUAAUCAGAGCAUUUUGCUCUGGAUGAAAAAAGAGAAUCCUUAUGUUAAUCUGAGGAGGAAAAUUCCUACACUGAAUGAAGGGACUGUAAAGAGGUGGAUUGCUGAUGCGGGGACUAAGCAGUGGCAAAAUGCAAAAAGGGAAAUCAGAGAGAUAUUCUCAUCUCCUGCUUGUGUGACUGGAAGUUUUGUGAGGAAAAGAAUAACUAAAGAAAUGAUGUCUGUUCAUUUGGACUUAAAUGAAGCAAGAAACACCUUUAAGGAGUUAACCCAGAAGGACUGUAUUACCAACAUGGUAACCGCAUGUCUCAGGGAUAAUCUGCUCAAAAAUCUUCCAUUCCCUUCACACCAAGAAGCUUUAGGACUUUUCUUCCUUCUCCCAGAAUGUCCCAUGAUGCAUGAUUGCAACAACUGGGAGACCCUGGUGGUUCCAUUUGCAGAGGCUGUUUGUAAAAUGAGUGAGAAAUUUUCAGGGGCUCUGGAGGAAUAUUGGGCAUCACUGCAAGAACCUGCUUUCAUUAAACUGGUGCAGAUGUUUAAAAAAGCCGUCACUGCUCAACUGCGUUGCCGCCGUACUGAAAGUGCUGAGAGUAACUGUCACAUCAGAGUUCUCCUAGAGAUGCUGAAAAGGCUGCACAGGGUCAACCAGAUUAAAUGUCAGUUGCCUGGAAAUAUUUUCCAAAUAAGUGAACUUACGCACUGCCUUGAUUUUUUUGAAGAUGCACGUAGAAGGUCCUGUUGGAAAAUGAGCUUAGACACUCCAGUAGACCUCCAGUAUCCUGUCAUAUUCAGUCAUUUUCCAUUUAUCUUUAAUAUUCUGUCCAAAGUUAAACUAUUAUAUGCGGACUCAUAUUUAAAAAUGCAGGGGAAAAAAAAUAGACAGUUGACUGGAAUUAUGGAAGAUGGAGGGUCCAGUUUAGCUUUGCUGCCCACCUUUAAUAUAAUAGUCAGAAGGAGUCACUUAAUUGAAGAUGUUUUAAACCAACUAAAUCAAUUUGAGAAUGAAGAUCUAAGGAGCGAGUUAUUGGUUUCAUUUAGUGGAGAAAUUGGAUAUGACUUUGGAGGAGUCAGAGCAGAGUUUUUCCACUGCCUGUUUGAAGAGAUGACUCGGCCUGAAUAUGGGAUGUUCAUUUAUCCUGAAGAGUCUUCCUACAUGUGGUUUCCUGUUAGACCUAAAUUUGAGGAGAAGAGAUAUUUCUACUUUGGGAUUCUAUGUGGACUUUCCCUGUUCAACUCCAAUGUUGCUGACAUCCCUUUCCCACUGGCUCUGUUUAAGAAACUUUUGGACCAAACACCAUCAUUAGAAGACUUGAAAGAACUCAGCCCUGUUUUGGGAAGGAGUAUGCAAACAUUUCUGGAUUAUGAACGUGCUGACUUUGAAGAAGUAUUUUAUACCCAUUUUAAUGUGCAUUGGGACAAAAUUGAUGAAGACUUAAUUCCUGGUGGAAGUGACAUAAUUGUCAACCAGACUAACAAGACAGACUAUGCUUCUAGAUAUGUUGAUUACAUCUUCAAUAUCUCCGUAAAGGCAGUUUAUGAUGAAUUUCAAAGAGGAUUUUACAAAAUAUGUGACAAGGAGAUUAUUGAAAUUUUCCAUCCUGAAGAACUGAAGAAUGUGAUUAUCGGAAAUACAGAUUAUGACUGGGAAACAUUUGAAAAGAAUGCACGUUGUGGACCAGGAUAUGAUGACAGUUCGCAUCCCACCAUAGUCAUGUUUUGGAAGGCUUUACACAAAUUGACCUUGGAAGAAAAGAAGAAAUUUCUUGUAUUUCUUACAGGAACUGACAGAAUCCAAGUAAAAGGUUUAAAGAACAUGGCAAUAACAUUUUGCUGUCCCGAGUGUAUGAAUGAGAAAGAUCCCAUGAAAGCACAGACAUGUUUUGGUACCCUCUACCUCCCGAAAUACUCUACGAUGGAAAGAGUGGAAGAAGCGCUUCAGGUAGCCAUCAACAACAGCAGAGGAUUUGGCUGA